AUUCGUCAUUCUAAAAAUUCCUGGUUCCAUUCCCCAUUCAGAACUCGGAUUCAAUCGUCAAGUGUCUUUUCUCGGACGUGGAUCUCCAACAUUCUGAACCGUCAAAAGCUUUAAAUAUCAGGUUUAGCUAAAAAAAACCAGGAGCUCAAUCUAAAAUGGCGGAGCCGAUAAAUGUCGUAGUAACUGGAGCAGCGGGUCAAAUCGCUUACUCACUGCUGUACCAAUUAGCAGCUGGAUCGGUGUUUGGUCCAGAGCAGCCAAUCAACUUGCGUCUGCUGGAUAUCAAACCAAUGAUGGAUAUCCUCCAGGGUGUUGUCAUGGAGCUCGAAGAUUUGGCGCUUCCUCUGCUACGCGACGUUUUGCCGACCGCUGAUGCUGGAGUGGCUUUCAAAGACGCAGCAGCAGCCUUCCUGGUGGGUGCGAUGCCCCGCAAGCAAGGAAUGGAACGUAAAGAUCUUCUGGCGGCUAAUGUCAAGAUCUUUAAAGAUCAGGGCGAAGCUUUGGAAAAGUUCGCACGCAAAGACAUCAAGGUUCUGGUGGUCGGCAAUCCAGCCAACACCAAUGCUUUGAUUUGCUCUCAUUAUGCUCCAAGUAUUCCCAAGGAAAAUUUCACUGCUAUGACUCGCUUGGACCAAAAUCGGGCUCAGGCUGCUUUGGCUUCACGGCUUGGUGUCCAGGUCGACAAAGUGAAGAACGUAAUCAUCUGGGGUAAUCACAGUUCAACCCAGUACCCGGAUGCUACGCAUGCAGUCGCUGACCUGCCAGGGAAAGGUUCAGUAAAGGUCAGCUUGGCGGUAAAUGACAAUGCCUGGCUGAACGGCGAGUUCUUGGAAACAAUCCAAAAACGUGGAGCUGCUGUUAUCGCCGCGCGUAAAAUGUCAUCAGCAAUGUCUGCCGCGAAGGCUGCUGGCGACCAUAUGCGGGACUGGUGGUUCGGCACCAAACCGGGACAGUGGGUCUCCAUGGGUGUCGUUUCUGAUGGGAGCUACGGAAUCCCCAAAGACGUCGUGUUUUCAUUCCCGGUCAACAUUAAAGAUAAGAAAUUCGAGAUUGUCCAAGGAUUGGAAAUAAGCGACUUUGCAAGAUCCAAACUUGAUAUUACUGCCAAAGAACUCGAGGAAGAACGCGCUGAAGCUCACCAAGUUCUCAUGCCGUGACUAUCUGGUGGUGGUUCUCAUCACGAAGCACCCGAGUGUGUCAAAUGUAGAUUGUAAUCCCAAAUAUUUCUUCCUAGUUAUUAUUUUCUUUUCUUUUUGGUUUAAUUUAUUGUCAAUAAAUUAAAUUGUUUUAGAUUAUUACCAGUGAAUUAUCUAAUUGUAAUGUAUGUUUAGACUUAUCAGCAAGCAGAUACUAAGAUUUUAUUUGUUCAAUUAUGUAAUAAUUAAUCAUUGAUAGCUAUAUUUUUGUUUAUGGGUUAUAGAUUAAAUCUACUGGUUAAAUAUUUCAGCGAUGUACUAUUAUUAUUUUAAAAAUGUGUAUGAACAAUAAAUAUAUAUUUAUUGGAAUGAAA